AAUAAACAGUAUUGGGUGAAGUGCGACGACGAACAGAACUUAGUUCGUAUUUACUAACUUGCUAUCGAGUUCAUCUUCAUGUUUAAAACCUGAUAUGUUAAAAUUAGUGACACGGCAGAAGUAAUAUUAUAGCGCACGCCCCACUUCGAUAAACCGCAUCCCCCGACAACGGCAGCUCCGGAAAAACAUCGACUGUGGCAGUUUGCCGAAAAGUUACAUGUGCCGCUAUUACCAUCGCAGCCAUCCCGACAGCAGCAACAACGACUCCCGCGGCAAUAGAAGAUCCAUCGUCAUUCACUGAAACUACGCAUCCCGAAAAACCACACGCUGCAGUGUUCCGUCUACCCCCAUAACGAGCUAUAUAGUAGAACUAAUGCAAUUUGUGCCGAAUAGGAAGUAACUCGUUAUUAAAACUAUAAGAACAGGAUUGCUGUUGCGCUAAAUAUCCAUCAGGAAUCUCCAGUUACAGCAGAAAUUGGUAGCGGACGAAGGAGGAGAGCAGCCAAAUUUAGCUGCAGGUUGCCAAACGUACACGAAACCAUUGCGAUGAACACCAAAUAUGCCAGAGCACUGAUGCUCAAAUCAGGCUACUUAUUCGUUGUGAUGCUUGUAUCAAUCAAUGCUGAGGAAAAAUGGUCCUGGUCGAAGAAUGAUGCUGUCGUUGGCAAUAACAACCUAGGCAACGGGAAUAACGACAAGCUUAACGUACGAAGUGAUGUUAUUGAGUUUCAAGAGCCGAAACGUUUCAAUGAUGACAUCAAAGACUACAGACAGGGGCGGUAUGAAGUAAAAGAAUCUGCCACCAAAAAACCAUACUCGGGUCGACCACUCAGCGAUGAGUUCUCGGGUGAAGAGAACAGUAACAAGCCAAGCGAUUUCGGAUUAAACCAACGAUUUGGUGGCCUAAAUAACGGGCAGUAUCCGAUCAAUCCGUAUGGAAUAAAUCCAGGAUAUGGGGGUGGAAAUCCAUACUUUGGCGGUGGAGGAGGUAUCGGUUACCCGCAGCAAGGAUUUGGUGGGUACUAUGGUGGUGCAGGAUAUGGCGGUGCUAAUGGAAUUCUAGUUGGUCCUGAAGGGCCAACAGGUAUUAUUGGUCGGCCAAACAAAGGGUAUCCAGGAGGUUACCCCGGUGGAGGCUAUGGACCAUACGGAAACAACUUUGGUGGAGGAUAUGGAGGCCACAACGGAUUUAGUAAUCAGGGUGGUUUCGGUCGUCCUGGAGGAUUUUACCCUCAAGCAGGAAUUGGUGGUUAUCCAGGCGGUGGCUAUUAUGCUGGCCAAGGAGGUUAUGGACCCGGACAGUUCGGAUCAGGUCCAUUUGGAGUUGGCCAGUUCGGCCCGGGACAGUUCAAUCCAGGACAAUUUGGGUCAGGGCAGUAUCGACCUGGGGGUUUCGGAGGGGGCCCAUUUGGUCCUCAGUUUGAUCAAGCGAAACAAUCAACCAAAAAAAUCGAAAAGAAAUCUAUCUAACAUCCAUGUGCUCUGUUGUUUUGUGAUAUCUCUGAGUUGAAUAAAUAAUCUGUUGAACUUUA